GUGCUGGAGAAAUUCAUGUCUCGUCUGGUGCAGAACCGGGUGAUGGCUCACAAGGACCUGAGGACUCUCAGCAAAUACCAGCUCAUCCUCGCCAGAGACCAGUUCCGCAAAAACCCACCACCGCAUCUCAAGGGUCCACAGCAGGGGAUGCUGGAGGGCGACUUUGCCCUCUGCAUCAGCAUGUACCACGGAUACGAGCUGCUGAUGCAGAUGGGGCUGCGAUCGCUCUUUUUUUACAUCCAGGGAAUUGUGGACAGAUCCAGAGAGAUGUCCAGGGCGAGGAAUGAGCUACAGAGGACUCCCACCUUCAUGGACCUCUACCAUGAGAUGGAAGUGAUGUUUGUGAAGCCGUCUGCUGGUCCAGAUGAGCCGUUCAUUUACAGUCACCCCAAACUGGAGAAACUGGAAGGGGUGGUGCUGCAGCAUUUCAGACAGUGGGCUGAGAGCUCAGCAGACAAUGAUGCUCUUCGGGCGGAGAGCACACGGGUGAUGAUCUUCUCAUCUUUCCGGGAAAGUGUGCAGGAGAUCGCCGACAUGUUGAACCGCCACGCUCCGAUGAUCAAGGUCAUGACCUUUAUGGGCCAGGCCUCGGCUGGGAAGGGGGUCAAAGGCUUCACCCAGAAGGAACAGCUGGAG